AUGAUUGCUCCACGAUCAUCUGGCCCUCUUCGAUCCAAUGAUAGAGGAUCAUCUGGAAUUGUGAUUAGAGAAGGUUUUAAGCCUUUGAUUCGUCAAGAACAUAUUGAUGGCAAGGGGAAAAACGUGGUGGUAGAUGAGUUGGAUGCGCAAAAGAAGAUGAAUGGAAAAUGCAUUUUAGGGCGGAGUACUGAGGAUGGCUCUGUUUCUUUGGAAAGUCAAAAGGAUGAUUCGUUGAAAUGCAUUGGUGAAGUUGCUGAGGCUUGGUUGAAACCGAAGCCUAUCAAGAUUACGUUCGACAGAGACCAUAUGGAAUUUUCUGAGGAUGGUGUGGCGGUCAAGUUGAAUGCGGAGAGGGAUUUAGAGAAUUCUAAAGUAUUGAAGAAUUCGAUUGUACUUAAAGUACUGGGGAAUAGUGUGCCAUUUCCAUUCAAUUCAGGUGAGGUGGUCGAUGAAAUUCUGAAUGGAGGGCCUUGGUAUGUGAAUGGACUCAGCGUUGGUAUGGAUAGAUGGACUCCUGCAUUUGAUCCGAAAUCAUUUAAAGGUAUCUCUGCCCCUGAUGAAGAAAGCAUAGCAAGAAUUGCUUCUUGCUUUGGAUCACCAAUGUAUGUGGAUGGUAAUACAUUCCGUUGGAGUAAACGUCAAUUUACCCGUGUUUGUGUAAGGAUUGAUUUGGAGAAAAAACUUUUGAAUGGUGCGUGGGUUGAAAGUUCUGCUGGGAGGUUUUUCCAACGGGUGGAAUAUGAAAAAAUUGAUCUUCUGUGUUAUCAAUGCAGAAGAGUAGGCCAUGACAAGAAGAUAUGUCCGGAUAAUGCACUCUAG